AUGGAGGUGGUGCGAGUAAGCUUCGCGGAUCUUAAGGAAGGCAAAGAUCUCUCCGCUCAGAUCGAAGCUGCUUUCGGGCCUGGAGGUCUGGGAAUCAUCGCUGUUUCCGAUGUUCCCGGCUAUCCUGAGGCAAGGGAACAGCUUCUUCCGCUCGCAUUAAGGCUUGGGGAGCUCCCAGAAGAGGCCAAGAGACGCAUUGAAGACCCAGACAGCAAGUACAGCUUUGGGUGGAGCGAGGGCAAGGAGUCGGUGGAGGCGGGCAGGAGGGACGCGCUCAAGGCGUCCUUCUAUGCCAACCCGCUCACUGACACGCCCACCACCGACCCCGAGUUUAUACGCAGGUUCCCCACCUACUGCCGCCCCAACGUGUGGCCUUCACAAGACCUCCCGGAGCUGGAACCAGCCUUCAAGGCACUGAGUCGGAUGAUAGUGGAUGUGGGCAAGCAGCUGCUGCAACACUGUGAUUCCUACGUGCACAGCAGGAACCCCCAUGUGCCCCCCGGCAAGCUGCUGCGAGUGGUGGAGCAGUCCCCGUGCCACAAGGCCCGCCUGCUGCUCUACCUGCCGCCACAGCAGCCCCCACCCACACCGCCAGCAGCACAGGGAGAGGGGCAGCCGCCUGUUGAUACCAGCAGGGCGUCAAGGGAGGAGGAGGCAGUGGCAUGUGCAGGCAAUGGGGGCGAUGGGGGCGCGUCUGCUUCUGAGAGUCUCACGGCUGUGGCAGAUGCGGAUGUGUCGUCGUGGUGUGGCUGGCACCUGGACCAUGGCUCCCUCACAGGCCUGACAAGGGCGCAGUUCUGGAGGGGAGGGGAGGCGUUGGAGGGCAGCGAGUUGGACCCCUCGUGUGGCCUCUACAUUCGAACCAGGGACGGGCAGAUUGUGCAGGCGCGCAUACCAGAGGGGUGCAUAGCGUUUCAAGUGGGUCAUGCCAUGUCUAUCCAGUCGGGGGGCCUCCUAGCUGCCACGCCCCACUGUGUUGCGCCCCCACUGUAUUGCAGUUCACUGCCUCUUCCUCUCACUGUGCUCAUGUUGCUGCCAGCCCCCACUGUAUUGCAGUUCACUGCCUCUUCCUCUCACUGUGCUCAUGUUGCUGCCAGCCCCCACUGUAUUGCAGUUCACUGCCUCUUCCUCUCACUGUGCUCAUGUUGCUGCCAGCCCCCACUGUAUUGCAGUUCACUGCCUCUUCCUCUCACUGUGCUCAUGUUGCUGCCAGCCCCCACUGUAUUGCAGUUCACUGCCUCUUCCUCUCACUGUGCUCAUGUUGCUGCCAGCCCCCACUGUAUUGCAGUUCACUGCCUCUUCCUCUCACUGUGCUCAUGUUGCUGCCAGCCCCCACUGUAUUGCAGUUCACUGCCUCUUCCUCUCACUGUGCUCAUGUUGCUGCCAGCCCCCACUGUAUUGCAGUUCACUGCCGCUUCCUCUCACUAUGUUCAUGUUGCUGCCAGCCCCCACUGUAUUGCAGUUCACUGCCUCUUCCUCUCACUGUGCUCAUGUUGCUGCCAGCCCCCACUGUAUUGCAGUUCACUGCCUCUUCCUCUCACUGUGCUCAUGUUGCUGCCAGCCCCCACUGUAUUGCAGUUCACUGCUGCUUCCUCUCACUGUGCUCAUGUUGCUGCCAGCCCCCACUGUAUUGCAGUUCACUGCCUCUUCCUCUCACUGUGCUCAUGUUGCUGCCAGCCCCCACUGUAUUGCAGUUCACUGCCUCUUCCUCUCACUGUGCUCAUGUUGCUGCCAGCCCCCACUGUAUUGCAGUUCACUGCCUCUUCCUCUCACUGUGCUCAUGUUGCUGCCAGCCCCCACUGUAUUGCAGUUCACUGCCGCUUCCUCUCACUGUGCUCAUGUUGCUGCCAGCCCCCACUGUAUUGCAGUUCACUGCCGCUUCCUCUCACUGUGCUCAUGUUGCUGCCAGCCCCCACUGUAUUGCAGUUCACUGCCUCUUCCUCUCACUGUGCUCAUGUUGCUGCCAGCCCCCACUGUAUUGCAGUUCACUGCCGCUUCCUCUCACUGUGCUCAUGUUGCUGCCAGCCCCCACUGUAUUGCAGUUCACUGCCUCUUCCUCUCACUGUGCUCAUGUUGCUGCCAGCCCCCACUGUAUUGCAGUUCACUGCCUCUUCCUCUCACUGUGCUCAUGUUGCUGCCAGCCCCCACUGUAUUGCAGUUCACUGCCGCUUCCUCUCACUGUGCUCAUGUUGCUGCCAGCCCCCACUGUAUUGCAGUUCACUGCCUCUUCCUCUCACUGUGCUCAUGUUGCUGCCAGCCCCCACUGUAUUGCAGUUCACUGCCUCUUCCUCUCACUGUGCUCAUGUUGCUGCCAGCCCCCACUGUAUUGCAGUUCACUGCCUCUUCCUCUCACUGUGCUCAUGUUGCUGCCAGCCCCCACUGUAUUGCAGUUCACUGCUGCUUCCUCUCACUGUGCUCAUGUUGCUGCCAGCCCCCACUGUAUUGCAGUUCACUGCCUCUUCCUCUCACUGUGCUCAUGUUGUUGCCAGCCCCCACUGUAUUGCAGUUCACUGCCUCUUCCUCUCACUGUGCUCAUGUUGCUGCCAGCCCCCACUGUAUUGCAGUUCACUGCCUCUUCCUCUCACUGUGCUCAUGUUGCUGCCAGCCCCCACUGUAUUGCAGUUCACUGCCUCUUCCUCUCACUGUGCUCAUGUUGCUGCCAGCCCCCACUGUAUUGCAGUUCACUGCCUCUUCCUCUCACUGUGCUCAUGUUGCUGCCAGCCCCCACUGUAUUGCAGUUCACUGCCUCUUCCUCUCACUGUGCUCAUGUUGCUGCCAGCCCCCACUGUAUUGCAGUUCACUGCCUCUUCCUCUCACUGUGCUCAUGUUGCUGCCAGCCCCCACUGUAUUGCAGUUCACUGCCUCUUCUCCCAGCCACCCCCUCUCAUCACUCGCCCAUCCUCUUCUCACACUCGUAUUGAUUUCUGCCCCCCAUGUUGCUUCGUCCCAUGGCUCCAUCCCAUUGGCUCUGUCACAUUCCUUCCGAUCCAAUGUCACUCGGUGCAUGCUCAUCCUGCAAUGCCAUACCCACCCGCCCCUGCCAUGACAUGCAUGCACACAGGCGCCCAAGGGACCGGCGUCAUUAGGCGUUUCUCGCGCCACAUUAGCAGUGUUCAUGCAGGAACGAGCCUCUCGACAUGCCGCUCUGCUGCUCUCUCACACCAGAGGAGUUGGUGCCAUGGCAGCCGGGCAUGGACUUAG